GGCACUUCAUUUGACAGUGCGCAACUGUUCGAAACUACUACAUGAACUUUCUAAAAUACUGAGUAUGUAUACGUAUGUGCCGGGCGAAUGACGUCCAACCUCUGCUCCACGCGCCAACGUCGCACGGUACCCGUCAACACGACAACCCGGCUCUUCUCGAUCCAUUCUCCUUCAAUUAAGCAAUUGCAAUGAACAACAUACCAGAACCUCCUCCAGGCUGGGACUCUGCCUCUGACUUUGCCCAAACUCGCGACCUAGACGUCGAACUUGUCGAUCCAAACGCACACAUCCUCGCACACACCCCACCAACUCGUGGUCGUGGACAUCAAGCUCCGCGUCGAGAGUUUCAGAAUGACGGUCCCGACACCGGAUCGAGGGUAGACAGACUACAAAGCGGCGGAUCAGGCAAACCAAAGGUCAGCGAGGAAGAACUCGUUCGACGCAUGGAACGAAUCAAACUCAAGAAUGCCAAGCUCACCGCACGUCACGAAGCAUCCACCGCCGACGCCGAACAAUUUCAGCGCUCGGAAGAGGAUCGGCGGAAGAAGGAUGCCGUUAUCGCGGAAGAACGCAAGAAGCGGGAUGAGGCGCGGAGAAAGGCACGGGAAGAGGAGGUUCGCAAGCGAGAAGAUCAGCAGAAGGCACUUAAGGUGAUGGCGGAUGAACGGGAAAAGAAUAGACAACGGAAACUGGUGGGCCAGGGGAGAAGAGCGUGGGAUGCGGAUAAGGAUGAGCAGGAGGUUCAGGAGCGGGAGGCGCCUAGAACGUACCCGAGGCGAGGGUUGCGUAGAGAAGGACGGGAUGCGGAUGAGCCUCCGAAGGAGCGAAACGGAUUUGGAUUCAGGGAGCGCGGACGCGGUAGAGGCGGUCGACCAGGUUCUGGGCCUCGACAAGAUCAACCUCCACAACAAGAAGUGUGGCCUUCACUGAGUGGUGCCGAGGUGAAGAAGAGCGCAGUCCCAGCAUGGGAACAUGGCAAAUCUAACCAGACCAGCGCAACGAAGGAGGCAAAGCCGAAGACAUCAGAUGCUGCCAAGCCCUCCUGGCAAACCGCCCCCGUUCCCACUCACAAAGAACCAUCAUCAGGGUGGGGUGACGAGCCAAAAGGGGAGCGGAGACAAAGAACAACCUCAGGCUGGGACGACGACGCAACCGAAGAAGAAAAACAAGCAACAGCAGCCGUCGCAAAAUCCCUCUGGGACACCCCCGAAGCCGCAGAACGAAAGGUUGAAUCAUGGGAUGAUGAAGUUGAAGCUGUAUCUUCAAAACUAGGCCUAUAGGUACCAUCUAUACCAACC